AUGGUCGCCAUAAAUAUCUUCCACGAGCCCUCAUUUCAUGAGAAGUUGAAGAAGUCUCCGUCUCUGGCUCAGACAUCCGCGCUCUUAGCUGCAAUUGCUGGAUACGCGAUCAGAUUCUUGCCCCUCGAGAACGACAGCGAAGUCGAGAAGGAUAUGCAACAGGUGAAACCAGAAAUGAGGACACCGGAAUUCUUCGUAAAUAUGGCGCUUCAACUCAUUGACCAAGCUCUCUCCGAUUGCGGCGACGAACCCCCUGAUCUCUGUGUGCUCCAGGCCUUGAUCCUGGCAACUCACUGUCAGUUAACGCAGGGAGUCCUCGGCAGAGCCUGGAGAUCCUUAGGGUUGUGUGUACGGUUGGCGUACGAGCUCAACCUCCAUCUGCUGGACUCAACGAGCACGUUCAGUCAAAGCCCAGAAAACACUGAAUUGUGGUCCGAAGAUGAAGAGAAGCGCCGCGCUUGGUGGGCUAUCUGGGAGAUGGAUGUGUUCGCGAGCAGCAUCCGACGCACCCCGACUGCUAUUGACUGGAUGCAGAUGGAAGUACUCCUUCCAGUGCCUGAUAUAUAUUGGCAUUCCAAUAGCCCUACCAGGAGUUGCUUCUUUGAGCAAGACCCCACUCGACGUUGGAAGACCCUGCAUGAGAGUGGAAAUCAGUCCCCCAAGGCAUGGUUCAUCGUCAUUAACUCUUUCAUGAAAGAUGGCCAAAGCAUAUCCUGUCCUCGUGGCGUGCCUUCAAUCAACAACCCUCACUCGCGUCGGGAAAGUGCUCGAGGCUACCAUUGCGACGAUGUCGAGAAAUCACAGCAGAAGCUAGAAACGCUAGCAAAUGCGGUUCAUUGUUUCAUUCGUGUUCUGCCAGACCAUUUGCGUUAUCGACAACAAUAUCUUAGUUUUGAGGCUCGGCUACCCGGUGAGAUCGAGUCCUGUCGGCAAUUACAUUGCUCCAUCUACAAUAUCUACGCUAUGACACAAUUAGCCCGGCUCAUGAUCUAUCGAUAUGACGUAUUUGGCAGUCAAACGCAAGCGCCCCCAUCCAUGCUCUUGGGGGCUCUGGGUACCCGCUACUUUACCGCACUUCAGGACGAAGGAGCUUCUGAAUUAAGUCAGUAUUUUGAAGCCGCCGACAAUGUCCUCACCAUUGUCAACCGGAGUUGCGAGAACCAUGUUCAAUAUAUCAAUCCCUUCUUGUCGAGCACAAUUUGGCUUGCGGCUGCGGUGCAGCUGGUCCGAAAGCAGCUUGAGGGACCGGGGACGAAGACCGCGCUUAUCAAAACACGCUUCGACCUGCUCUACCUGACCUACACGCAAUUCGCCAGCUUCUGGGGCGCUAAAACCUCGAUGCAACAAGAUCUCGAGUCUUUGGAAGUGCAGCUGGAGAGUUGCAACCCCGAAGACGCACUGCUGCCAGCCAGUCAGAAUCGAUGGUCACACCAUCGACUCAACCAACAAUACAAUCCAGAUCUAUCUAACCUUGAACAUUCGAUUAGCCAAACGGGCUUGUAUUCUAGUCCAUGCGAACAUCGGGGUGAGUGGUGUCUUGUGUUUGGUUUAGCAUCCACGUUGCCUCUUAAGCAGCUAUUGACAUGA